AUGGCGCGCCCCAAUCGGUCCGACCUCGAGGCGCUGGCGGCUUGUGAAUUCGCCCCCACCUUCCCGACGCAGGAACGCAGAGGUGCAGCUGCACGUGGUCCCGAGGAUGGCCCAGGCGGCUCGGGCACUCCUGUUCGUCGGCGUGACCUUCCUCCUGCUGAUGAACGCAGCCGCUCUCCUCACGAUGAAGACAAACGUGCCCCGCAUGGAGAAGACAUACGCAACUACGUGGACCACACCCGUGACUCGAUCAUGGACUCCCUCGGCAGACUCCAAGCAUCCAUGGGGGACAUCGCAAAGCAGGUUCACACAUCAUGUACCGAUCUCAGCAUGCAAGUCGAACGUCGGCUCGCCGACGUCGAGCGGCACCAGCAGCAGACCGACUCCAACGUCCAGCGCCUGUCCGACAAGAUCGAACGGCUCGAGCAGAUCCUGGGUAUCAUGCAAUCUGAAUCGCCACCUGUGCGUGUGGAAGACGCCAGCUUCGACCGAGAUCCAGAUCCAACGGUGCUUGUCCUGCGGGCCAAGACUAUGCUACCUAAGGCCAAUAUCGACAAAGACCGCUUCUCCACGGCCGACACCACGGGUGCGGCAACUGAGGUGUACAUUUCCACGGACAAGUCCCAGAAGCAGGUGCAGACGGAGCUCCCCACGAAGAAGCUCAAGGCGACGCUCUCGGAGCUCUACCCGACCCACCAUUUCCACGGCAACCGUGAUGGCGGCGAGAUUUCCACGCAGUGGAAGCCGCUGGUUCGCGCCACUCCUCAGCCAGGUCAGGGCUCCGAACCGACUCUCGAAUUCGUCCGCGCCAACCUGGCUCAGUUCGGCUUCAGCGCCGACCAGAUCCGCGCCAAGUUCAAGCUGCUCGCCCCGCCUGCAGAACCCAUCAAUUACAUGAAGAAACUUCUGGGCAAAGGUUGGAUUCUCGGGAUCCAGGAAUCUCAUGGGGCCUUGAAUGAGCUCAGGGACCUGCUCUACCACACCCACCUCCCUACUCAGGCUUACUACUCGUUUCUGCCAGCCUCGCCGCAUGCCGCGGGAGGGCAGCGCGCCGAGAUCCUAGAUGCCAUCGCCUCCGACCUCUCCCUGGCCCCCGCGGACCCCCUCAAAACCUUCGUCAUCGUUGGCGGGGACUUCAACUUCUCUGAGGACUCCUUUAAAUUGGAUUGGAUUUAUGUGUCUGCGCCGGGGUGGAGCCUUACUCAGUGGUGCACUGGCGGCAGGGUGCGCGGCUACCCUGAGGUCUCGAUCAAUGACCCUGCCAACUUCGCGGUGUUGGCCGCAGAGAUCCACGCCGCUAUGUUCUCUAGAGCCCAGUCGGAGACAAGGCAGAGGCUCCAGCAGGAAUCCGAGACCCACUUCCUCAUCAAGACCGAGGACAUCCGGGCCCCCACAAUAGAGUCCGAGCUGACCCUGCUGGCCCAGCGGGGCUUCGCCCCCGCGAGGAAUUUCGGGAUGAACAUCAUCGAAUUGGACACGCAAGCUCGGAUCACUUCGAUGCUGCCAGACGCGAACGACAGGUUACCCGCCCUGGUAUCGUUCGACUACGGACAAGCGUUCCCAUCGAUCUCCCAGUUUUGGAUCUUCCUCACCCUCAAAUCGCUCAACAUCCCCGCCCCGCUUCGUCUCUUCUUGGAAAUGAUCUACCAGUUCGUGCUCUGCUACGGGAGGAUCGGGAGCGAAUGCCGUUACAUGUGCACAAUGCUGUCGGGCAUCGUCCAAGGGUGCCCAGCCAGCGGAUGUCUCUAUGCAAUAGCGAGCCACCCGUUCGUCGAGCACUUCGAUUCGCUGAUCGAGAAACGAGGACUAGAUCUCUACCUGGUGUGGCUGCAGGUGGACGGCGCGCGCGAGGGGCGCCCGCCUCUGCCGCGCGUUGGCAGGCCGGUGGCCAGAGGGCGCCUCGCCGGCGCAGCGCCAGGAGAAAGUCUCGGCGCGGCGUCGACGGCAGCGUGCGUGCCACGGCUGCGAUUAGUCGGUGGGCUGAGGUUUGUCCUGCUGCCGAGCGCCAUGGAGACGUGCCUCGCCGAGAAGACGGUGCUUCUAGGGGGCGGAAAAUUGAUCCUCGGGGGUGCCGUCUUGCUGACGAUGGCCGCGGAGGAGCGUCUCCGGAGCCUCUUCCCGUCGUGGGCGAAGGAGGUGAGCAUGGUCAGUCUUGCCCUGCCGCUGACCGCCACGGUGGGGCACGGGCCGAGCGCGUGGCGGCGCUCGAGGCUAGGCUUGGGCCAGCAGGCUGAGCGCGACGAAGGCGCGGCCGUUCCUCGCGACCCUGGCGAUGCAGUGCUGGAAGAGCUUCGACCUACGGCUGGAGAGAUCGAGAACGGCAGCGCGGACCUCGCGGAGGAGCGCUGCCAGGACACGCCGCAGUUGGAGAAGAGCAACGGCGGCCCAUCCACAAUCAUGGUCCCUAAGCGGGAGCACGUGAUCAUUCGACUCCCCCGCGGUGCGGCAGGUUACGCGUGCGAAUCUAUUUUCGGGCACUUGGCGAGAGGCAUCGUUGCUGACUCUUGCGUUCUGAUCGAACCUUACUUAGCCACAGAGGUCCAUUGUCAGAAUCUUCAUCGCUUUGCGGCUUUUCUCGCAGACCUGCCAAGCCUUCGGGGAGUUAUGCUCAUCGCCAGUCACGCUGCUAGUCACGAGGCCCUGGGGCAGCUCCAGACGACGCUGCAGGCGAAUUGCAUCGAUUGCUUGUACGAGUGCGUGGAGGACUUGCGUGGUGUGUCCUGGGCGACGGAGCUAGACAUCACCGGGGCCCAGAUAAAUGACCGAGAGGUCCGCUUUGGCAACGCUGCCGGGUACUGGCAGGCAAUGCUGCCUCGUGGUAUCCACGCCCGUGGCCUUGGAUGGGUGCCAGGGGUCCUCAUGUCCAGGGAGGUCGAGCUAGCAAUGCGCCCCACGAUCGCCACCACGAUGCCAGCUGCGUGGACCAGGGCACCCGAAGUGCAUGCCGCGUUCAUGCGGCCCUCGGCGUCUCUUGCCGGCGUGCCUGGCAGAGGGCUCAGCGAGGAGCCCACCACGGGCCGGCUCAGACGGGCGCUGCAGCAGAAUCGCCGGCUCCAGCAGGACUCGGGCAGUGCAUCUGCUCCAGCCCCUGGCGUCCCCGCCGCAGACUCCGCGGGCGGGGGCGUGCAGAUCGCGUGCCGGGAGCGUGAGUCGCAGUGGGCCUCGCACCGCGAGCGCUGCGGCGCGCCUGUCGCCGUCAUGAUCUCUGAUCCCGGUGGUCUCCAGCAGGCGCUGGAGGAGGCCAAUCAGAAACUGAUCGUGGCGGCCACGGUCCAGCGCCGCCGCGGGCAGCGCCGGGCCACAGCGCGCCAAUGCAGAGUUCUCGGCAGUGGCGACCACGACUUCGCUCUGUCGAUCCUGGCGGUGCGCCGCUCGUCUCUCGUGAUCGCAGCGCGGAGCUGGCCCCUGGCGCAGUGCGGCGGCAGUCUGCCAGCGCGCCCCGGCCUGGAGGCGAGGAGCGCUGCCAGUGCUCAGUGCGCGGGCGCCUCAGAACUCGGUGCAACCUUUGCCCUGACGGCCGCGGAGGGCUUUGCUGCGCUCCGGCCGACCCGUGCCGAGGCCAGGCUGGCUGGGCCGGCCCUGGCUGGCAUCAAGCUGCACCGCGGCAUCUGCUCCUCGCCGCUGCUCCGCCUGGCCGCGGAGGGGAGGCCCUUGUCCGGGUGGGCGGAGUCGAGAUCCUCGGUCCCCUGCGGGGCGGUGCGGCUUCAGGUGGGCGAG